UGAACUCAGCAACAGCUGUUGUGAGGUAUCAAUGGCUGCAGCAGGUUUACCAAAUCGGACAAUUCCUCCGUAUUCUGUGGACUCUCUGACUGAAAAAAGGACUCAUGGUGGCUCUGAGAACAACCUGAAGUUUAUCUGUGAGUUUAGACCUGGGACUAGUCCUCUGCAGAUUCCUGCUGAUGAAGACAACAGUGUCAACAGGGAUUAUGAGUCUGUUUCUGUCAUCCUACCUGCACAGUGCACCAUCUGCCAGUUGAGGCUACGCAUCUGUAUGAAGGCACAAGAACAAAACUGCCACCCUGAUCCAUUUGCAAUACUGAAUCCAGAGAAAUACAUCCUGUUGUAUGCCAGAGGGGAUGACUGGUAUGAAGCCCACGACGACUUUCAGAUAAUCAGGACAUUAGAUAUUCCAUGGUUACGUGAUGGUUCUCCGUGUCUAGUGGCGCAUAUAGUUGCACAGCCUUUGGUGGCAUGUGAUUCAGAACAAAAGAAAACACAACAGCAGUGUCUGACUUAUCUGAUUGGACAUGACCUGGAGAAAGAGGCAACAGACAGACUUAGUGAACUGACAUUCACCCGCAGGAAACUGGCAUCUCCGCGAAGGCUGGAGCUAAGGAAUCGGGAUGAGGUGCUGUAUGCCACAGAGCCCUGGGUUACUCAUGCCCCCAUCCCAAAUGAGCUUGAAGAGUGGUUAAACAGGAAGCUUCCGGUCACACUCCACUACAUGAACAGGAUCAGCUUCAGCAUACAAGUUGAUUUGAAAGCAACUCCAGAUGUUCUUUUCCAAGUUUUUAAAAUGGUUAUGGCAGACCAACAUGUAGAAUAUGAGACUUUUGAACAACUAGUAUUGAAGGUCUCGGGGAGGGAGGAGUUUUUGUCUGGUGAAAACGCCCUUAUUGAUUUUCUCUGGGUACGACAGUGUUUGAAAGCCAAUCAGGAUCUUCACUUUUCUGUUGUUCCUGUCUCACACCUUGCUCCAGAUUCGGUCAGUUUUGUAGACUGGCCACUCAUUGAUGGUUUCAGUGGUCAGUUCAGGUCCCAUGACGAUCUUAGUCUCCAUGGGAAGGAUCUGGAUGACAUAUUCAUGAUAUCUUUGUGGGACUGCAACAGAAAGUUCAGAGUGAAACUGCUUGGCUUUGAUAUUCCACAACUGCCAAGCAACCACCCUCAGUCUGUCUAUGUUGAAGCAUCCAUACUUUAUGGUGGCAAAGUUCUCUGUUCAGUAUCCUCCUUUCCAAAGCAUUUUGCAGAUGAAGUACUUUGGAAUGAGUGGCUGGAAUUUGAUAUUCUCCUCCGGGACCUUCCUCGUGGAGCCAAGCUGAGCUUCACUAUUAAUGUGUCUGCUGGCGACGUCUCUCCAACAACCAAGGACUCAGCAUCAACAUUAUUCAGAGAUUCCAAGGUCUCAUUGGACAAAGACUCAAAGUCAUCUGCAAACAGGCCAACAGAACCUCAGAAAGGAAAGGGAAAGGUCCUCUACUUUGUCAAUCUCCUUCUCAUAGAUCACAGGUCUGCCCUCAGCCAGGGUCCCUACACUCUGCACAUGUGGUCCUAUCCUGACCUGGAAGAUGGGGCCAUCGCCUACCAAGCUGAUAAGCUGUCCUCCGCUACAAACCCAAAUAUAGAAGAAUCCAUGGCCAUCAGCUUCCUUCUAGAUCGUUACAGCUUCCCCGUGGUUCUCCCAAACACCAUUAGCCACAAUGAAGGGUCUGGCAGUCCCACCUCUGGCCUUUCCCCAGACAAAUCCACUGCUUCAACCCAGUGCACUUCAUCCAGCACAGAUUUUCUUUCUCCACAUGGUAAAUCUUUUCAGGCACCAAAGACUGACAAGGUAACUCUGAGGUCCCCAUCGCCAGUCUUUAACACCAAGGGAGACUGCCUCAAGCGGUUUCGAGAGGAGAGUGUCCAGUAUGGCUCCAACCUUCCCCACUUCUUGCGCAAUAUUGAUUGGCUGCAUCGAAGAGUGGUUGAGGAUGUGCACUGGCUACUAGGACUCUGGGAUCCUGGGGAACUGGAUGUACAUGUGGCACUAGAGCUGCUAAAUAUGGAUUUCCCUGAUGAGAUUGUCAGGAAAGUAGCGGUGCAGAGACUGGAGAGUCUACCCAAUGAUGAUGUGCUCAAGUAUUUGCUGCAACUGGUGCAGACCCUGAAAGUGGAGCCCUACCACGACAGUUUCCUUGCUCGGUACCUUAUUCAAAGAGCUCUGCGGAGCAAAAGAAUCGGCCACUUCUUCUUCUGGUAUGUGCGCAGUGAGGUAGCAGGAUGCCCAUACUUCCGCCAACGCAUGGCAGUGAUUUUGGAGGCCUACCUCCUGGGAUGCGGUCAGGCCAUGAUCAACAGCUUCACCCUGCAGGUCCAGGCUGUGGAGGCCCUGCAGGAAGUCGCGAUGACCAUCAAGAGGUUCUACCCAGACAAAACAGAUCUCCCUUCCUCAGCUCCACUCAAACUGCAGGAGCUCCUCAGAAAGAGUAAUCUGCCAAACGAAUUUCUGUUGCCCUUUGACCCCCGCAUCAAAGUGGGAAAUAUCCUGCUGGACAAAUGCAAAGUGAUGGCCUCGAAGAAGAAACCUCUCUGGCUGGAGUUUUCACCAAUGCCAUCACCCACCUUCAGCACACCCGUCGGGAUUAUCUUCAAAGAGGGAGACGACCUCAGACAGGACAUGCUGGUCAUUCAGACGCUGGUGGUGAUGGAAUCCAUCUGGCAGGAGAAAUCUCUGGACCUUAACCUUAUUCCAUAUGGAUGCAUCUCCACUGGACACAACAUAGGUAUGAUUGAAAUCGUGAGGAAUGCAGCAACCAUCGCUGCAGUUCAGAGAAGCCAUGGCGGAACGACGUCUGCCUUCAGAAAUGAUGCUCUUUUUGAGUGGCUCAAGUCCAAGUGUCCCCUCCAGGAAAUACACUACAAGACUGUGGAGAAAUUUGUGAAGUCCUGUGCAGGAUAUUGCGUGGCCACCUAUGUCCUGGGAAUAGGAGACAGACACAACGACAAUAUCAUGAUCACAGACCAAGGGAACCUGUUCCACAUUGACUUUGGUCACAUCCUGGGGAACAGGAAGCGCUUUCUUGGAGUGAACAGGGAGCGUGCACCAUUUGUCCUCACACCUGACUUCCUGUACGUGAUGGGCCGGGUGAAAGGUGGAAAAAGCCUCUACUUUCAGCGGUUCAAGGACACUUGCUGCCAAGCAUAUCUCUCACUGCGCUCCCACUCACGUCUGCUGGUCACUCUUUUCUCCCUCAUGCUACUCACUGGCAUCCCCGAGCUGAGUGCCGAGGAGGACAUACAUUACCUGCGAGAGGCACUCCAGGAGGAUCAAAAUGAGGCCGAGGCCAAGGAGCAUUUUCUCCAACAGAUUGCAGAGUGUGAAAAGCUGGGCUGGAUCGUCCAGGCCAACUGGUGGAUCCACAUGGUGGCAGGCAUCAAGUAGAUUGUUCAGGAAGUGGGGCAGCGUAAUGUCUGAUUUUUACUUAUGUUUUCAGAGUGUACCUUUAGGUACAGAGCACUGUUUGCAUAAAUAUAUCUUAUAACGCAUUAAACAAAACAAAAACAAAAAAAACCCAGAGAGCAAAGUG